AUGUCGGAUUCAUCUCUGGUCUACGGCUGUGCAGAGUCCUAUCUCAGCAGUCUUGCCGAUCAACACUGUGCAUCUCUGUCUUCCAAGAUCCCAAAUUGUGGGUUCACGGACGCAGCAUGCUGUAGUACCGCUUACAACUUCAUGGCUGAGCAGGCGAGCUGUCUCUCUCCGUAUGCUGCUUGCAUGGACUUUACUUCAUGGACCAAUGACGCCUCGAGUGGCCUCUCAGCUUGCACAAUUGCUCUAUCCUCUGGCACCUUGACAGAUGCAGCUGCUGUCCCUACAACGGAUUCGCAAGCCUCUACAGCCAAGGGAAGCUCCCCGACAAUUACACCUGGGCCGACGGCGACGGGAAGUAAUGCCGCUGUGACCGGACAAAGUACGACCACCAAGAACGAUUGUGGUAGAGUGGGUGUAAGCGUAUAUAAAGUUGGGCUAAUUGGCCUUCUGGGGCUCUUCGUUUUUUUGUGAUCAUGGAGUACCAUGAAACCCGGAGUAUGCUGUGCUCGAUGGAAUUGGUUGAGUUCUGGCUGACAUGAAGCAUUACAACGAAACGAUUUUGCGAAGGAGUUUGCAUUCAUGAAUUUAGGAGC